GCGGGUACGCGGAUAUUUUCUGCCCGUUGCCAUCUUUAGUUUCGGCCGCACGGGUGGAAGCGAGGACGGAGGGGCUAGCUGCCUGCCGGCGCGCCUACCCAGCCGGCCGCCGCCCAUCCCGCCCGUGCUCUCUCCCUCCAGGUCGCACAGGUGCCGCGCCGGCGGCCCCUGCCCUCCAGGCUCCAGCUCCAGGUCACUGGCCCCGCUCGCAGCGCGCACGAAAACGCAGGCCCACUCGCCACCACCGCCCCCGCGCACUGCGACGACCGCUGCGGCAGAAGAGUUAGCAGAUGGCGCCGCUCGUGCCGAUGUCGCAGCCAUGGGUGGAGAAAUACCGGCCGAGGCAGGUCAAGGAUGUGGCUCACCAGGAGGAGGUGAUUCGGGUGCUCACCAAUACCCUCCAGACCGCCGACCUGCCGCACAUGCUGUUCUACGGCCCGCCGGGAACAGGAAAGACCACCACCGCACUCGCCAUCGCCUACCAGCUCUACGGUCCAGAGCUGUAUAAGUCAAGAGUUUUGGAGCUCAAUGCUAGUGAUGAUCGUGGAAUUAAUGUUGUGAGGACGAAAAUCAAGGACUUUGCUGCUGUUGCCGUUGGUACUGCACGGAAAGCUGGUUAUCCCUGUCCACCUUACAAGAUUAUUAUACUUGAUGAAGCAGAUUCAAUGACAGAAGAUGCCCAGAAUGCUUUGAGGCGUACCAUGGAGACUUACUCCAAAGUGACUAGAUUCUUUUUUAUAUGCAACUAUAUCAGCAGGAUAAUAGAACCACUUGUGUCGAGAUGUGCAAAGUUUAGGUUCAAGCCUCUUUCAGAAGAAGUGAUGAGCAACCGCAUUAUGCACAUAUGCAAUGAAGAAGGUCUCAAUCUUGAUGCUCAGGCACUGUCCACACUGAGUGCCAUUUCUCAAGGUGAUCUUCGUCGUGCUAUAACCUAUCUUCAGAGUGCAGCUCGCUUAUUUGGAUCUUCUAUCUCUUCCAGUGACUUGAUCAGUGUUUCGGGGGUUAUCCCUGAAGAUGUUGUCAAGUCACUGCUUGCAGCUUGCAGAUCUGGUGAAUUUGACGUGGCAAACAAGGAAGUUAGCAACAUUAUAGCAGAUGGAUAUCCAGUCUCACAGCUGAUGGCACAGUUUCUAGAUGUCAUUGUUGGCGCGGAUGAUAUUCCAGAUGAUCAAAAGGCAAGGAUAUGUAAAAAGCUUGGGGAAACUGACAAGUGCUUGGUUGAUGGGGCAGAUGAGUAUCUACAGCUGUUGGAUGUCGCCAGCGAGACUAUUCGUGCUCUUUUCAACAUGCCACAAACGCUGGUCUUCUAAGUUCAUAAAGAGGAAAGGUGGUUACGAUUGCGAUCCCUGGCGAAAGCUUUUCCUGACUCUUAGAUGCUGCCCGAGGCUAAUCUGCCUCGGCAUGCUGUUCCGAUGUUGCUAGCUUUGUGAUGGGUUGAAAAGCGAUGAACUCGCCCUAAAAUCCUGCUGAACUAUGUGCCUGUGGAUGUCCAAUAUGACAAUGAACAUUUCUGAACUUCACAUCUUGAGUGUUAUUUUUCCUCUUCUACUCCCAGGUGAUGCAUGAUGGCAGAGAGCAGGUUAGCAUCUCAAGACUUCAGAUGCCUCCAGAGUCCAGAGUGCAAGAGUUGACACUGGCAUUGCAGUUAGAUUUUGUUAGGUUGUGCUUUGUAACGAAAAUAUGGUAACAAAAUUACAUUUUUAGGUGGAGAAUAUAACAAGGUUGCUUAAUUGAGUAAGAUUAACAGCA